AAGAUGUGAAUGAAUGCGAUGGUGAAGUAUCACCGUGUGAUGUGCAUGCGAAAUGCCACAAUACCGAGGGAUCGUAUUACUGUGAAUGCAAUGUUGGAUAUAAUGGUAAUGGAAAAGUUUGCACUGGUAAGUAUUAAUAAACGACAUGAUCAUGAAAAUUACAGGACUCGAAAUAAGAAUACAUGGUUUGAACUCUUUUUUGCCAUUUUUGAACCUUCAAAACAAUCCCUCUCGCAUUUACGAUUAAAGAAAUGAAUAUUUUCAUUUCUAUUUUUUUACGUCUAUUUCUAUAUGGUAUAUUUGACUAUCAACUCUAUCAGAAUAAGCAUCCGAAGCGAUCUACUCAGCACAAAUGAUUUUUUUCUAAAUAACAACCUCUGUAUAAUUUUGCUGACCUUUUAUCUUUGAUUUAGUCGAUCAAACUUAUUUUUCCCUGUCAUUCCUCAGUGACUGCUUUUGGUAGGCCACUAUUUAGAGCCCCAGACUUUUGUGAAUUAUAUUGCGACUUUCAUUUGAGUUUGGAAAAGUUUGUAGUGCUAUUGUAAAGCUCGACAGUUUAAAGACCAUGUCAAGUUCGUUCUGCGCAUCAGUUCUGCUCAUAACAAAGGGGGACCCACAGAUAUAAACAUUGCCCAAAUGUUCAGUGCAUCUUUCGAACUUUUUUGAAUUGAAACGUACUCUAGUUUAUAUUCAUUUACAAUAGCGAACCAGAAAAGUGUUAGAUAUUCAGUUAGUAUGUCUUAUUUUACAAAUAUAGCAGUUCAAAAUGUAAACAAAGGAUUUGUUUACAUUACGGACUUGACAUGGUCUUUAAAGUUCCCACGAAUAUCAUACGAAAAUCAAAAGAAUGUUACAAACGAGACUUUACGAGAGACAUCAACAAAAAAGGACGAUUCGUUUGAUCCUAUAGGUGACUGGGAAUCUGGGAUAAAUUUAAAAAACGUUAUCUCUCCUUUCUAGUGGUUAACAUUUGUAGUUACCCUAUGGACCUGACCAUUGCAAUUGACAGUUCGGACAGUAUCAUGGAAGAUAACUUCGAGAUUGAGAAAUCAGCAGUCAUAAUGUUAGCACGAAGUUUUGGACUCUCUAGACUUGGAACCCACGUUUCAGUGAUUGUAUUCGGCUCACAAGCAUCCAUUACGAUUAACCUGAAUGAUCACACAGAUUUAGAAAGCUUCGCGAGUGCUGUACGAAACAUAAAGUACCAAGGUGGACACACAAGGAUUGAUCUAGCACUAGCAUUGGCUUCGUCUGUAGUGUUCACUCCUUCUGGUGGUGCACGAGAUGGUAUGCCUAAGAUGUUCAUUAUCAUGGCAGACGGACAGCAGACGUCAGCUCCAGAUGCAAUUCCACUUAAAGAAGCUGUAGCGCCAUUGGCUUCCAGUGGUGUACAGGUAAUUAGUAUCGGUAUUGGUUAUGAAGUGGAUGAAUACGAGUUAAUGGCAAUCUCCGAAUCAAGAGAUAAUAUCUAUUACGUGAAGUCUUUCGAUACACUGUUCGAUACAAUUACUGAGGUGGGACAAUCUCUGUGCCAAAAAGCAAGUAAGUCAAUUAAGUGAAGUUGAUUUGGAAGUAACGUUUAGAUUUGAAAUAAGUGUAGUACUUUGGACAACAGCAAAUAUGCAUAGCGCACGCCCAAUUAUGACAAUAUUUAUGUGAAUUUCUGAUAUGAAUUCAAUAUGAUGUGAAUUUCUGACUUGUUUCGCUAUUCUCAGUAUUCUGCUUUACGUAAUUAGUGUUUUUCCCGACAUCGGGAAUAACAUUCACUGAUUACGCGUAGCUUUGGCUCUCUACUCUAGUAUCCUAAACAAAAGUUGUCGAAAGUCCAUUACAUGCUCGACAGAUGACGUCAUAUCCCUAUUCCAAGCAUGAUGAUUCAUAUUGAUUUGUUACGCUUCCAGGCAUGCAACGUGCAUGUACAGAAUCCUAAUCGAGUCGUUAAAAAUGAUUACAUAGAGUGCAAGGUGGUAUAAUUUACAUUGUCGUAUUCUUUUUUUGCAGAGAAGGACUGUAGGAGCCAUGCUGACAUAGCCCUACUGGUAGACUCCUCAGCGAGCAUGCGCGGAGGCAACUACCUGAAAGAGAAGGAAUUGCUGAAAGCCAUCGGAAGAGAAUUUGAUGUUUCAAUGCAUGGUAGUCAUGUUGGUAUCAUAUUAUACAACAAUGAUGCCGAAGUUAUCACUAGACUAAACAACAAAACCACUCUCAAAUCAUUCGAAAAUACAGUUGAUAAUCUUCCACUUAAAGGGGGAAAGAUUCGCUUGGACAAAGCUCUCCGUUUGGCUUCAUCGGAUGUGUUUACCAAAGAAAAAGGCAUGCGAGAUGAAAAUGUGCCUAAAAUCAUGUUCAUUCUCACAGAUGGUACACAGAAUAGGAAAUGCGACGAGGAAGCAUUGGAGUUGGCAAUUGCACCAUUACGUAACGAGGGUGUUCAUGUGGUUGCUAUUGGUGUAGGCGAGGCAGACGAGAGAGAACUGAGACCGCUGGUUAAGUCACCACGUGAUCUCUUCAUUGAAGGAGAUUUUGAUGAGGUCACCAAACCUAUUAUGGAUUUCAUUAAAGAAUUGUGUAAGAAAUACGGUACGUACAGUAUAAUUUAUUUUUGUGUGAGAAAUUCUAUGGUAUAUAGCCCAAUUUACCUCAUCGUACAACAAUGCUGGACAAUGUUGGACACGUCAAACCCAAUCCAACAUUUUCCAAGUUACAACAUAAGCCAACAUUUAUACCUAACAUAGUGUUCAAAUGACGCCAACACUGCCAACAAUAUUGGAUCAUCAAUGUUGGAUGAUGUUUUAGACCAAUUAACAUGUUGACCUUGUUUAAAUACGAGUCUUUACAAUUACAAUGUUGUUUCCAGAAUUUUCGUUGCAAGCUACAGCAGAAAUUAUGUGAUUAAGUUUUUAUAAAAAAGAAACCUAGUGAACGUACUGAUAUCAUAAAUUAAAAUACUUUGACUGCUAUUAUAAAAUACAAAACAUUUUUUACUAAUCUCCUCAAUAUCUCGUGAAAUAUUCAGUUUUAAUCUGUUCCUAACGUGCCAUACACUCGUUCUUUCCAUCAGAUCAUCUCAAAAUAUAGUUCAAUAAAGUUUUUUUACUAGUUUAAUAAAAAACAAGAAAAAUAAAAAUAUAAUUAAAGAGAUGUCAAAGGCUACAUGCAAGAAGAGGCAGAAUUUCCUUUCGAUUGGCACUGUUUGGUUGCCGUUAUAUCAAUAGAUCGAGUAAAAAUUGACAUGGUGAUUGGUGAUGAUGAUAAUGCUCAGAUAAUUUCUUACCUAUAUUCUAGAUCAAUCAUGUACACUUGGCUCACAGUUUGUUGACUUCGAUAUUGAUGGUUGUAUCAACGAACAUCCUGUGGAAGUUGGUAUGUUCAAUAAAAUAAUAAUCAAUAAUUAUCAACUAAAUAAAUUUCUCUUACCGAGAUGUUGAGUGGGUAACAGUGAGAUCUAUAUAAAUGGUCGUAAGCCUUCAGUUACACAAAUGUGAAGCCAAAUUGGCGGACGUCGAACUGAGACUGCUCUAAUUAGCUAUUACACCUUUGAACAUCAAUUUCUAACCCAAAUACAUUCUAUUUUUAGCUGUAUGUGACGGAAAAUGUUCUUCUGGCACUCGUUACAUUAGCGAACCACCAUUCUACGAAAGCAGAUGUAGUUGUUGUCUACCCAUGAUUGAUGCGUCUAAAGAUGUUAUAUUGAAAUGUCCAGAUGGCACCAAUCAGCUUCACCGUAUUACCGAAGUAUCUGCUUGUGCCUGUCGUAGCUGUGGCAAUGCUGCAGCUUCUCCGCCUGUUAAGGAAAAAGACGGAGCUUAGCCACGAGGCGCACGUGGAGAAUAAUCUUAUAUCGAAACUGGAAACAUUUUAAUUCCAAGGAUUAUAUUAUGCAGCUUUUUAUAUAUCGUUUCAUUACUCAAGCAUAGUAAUAGGGGUACAAUAGUACGCCCUAAAGUUGAAUUAACGAACAAUUAUUUUCUCGCUUAAUUAACGUACAAUAGAAUUUCCAAAUAGUCCAAAUGGUAGGAUCAAUUUGUGAACAAUAGAAUAAUAUAUAGAAUCAUAUAGUAUAUAGAUAUAGGUAAAUGUUUAUUGAAAUGUACUUUUACUGGAUAUAUAACAGUCUAGAGUGUAGGUGCAUGGUCAUAAAUGGUUAUAUGUUGGUCAGUGUGAUUUCGAAUUUUCCUAUGAAAGUAUACUGAAAUGCAACAGACUGAAUAUAGCGUGAUAUUUGUAUUUUUAUAUGCCGGUUUAUAGUGUGAAUUUUGUUAUCAUUUUCUCUUGUGUUGUACUACCGUAGUAUAUUACUAUAACAAUUACUGCAUUGUAGAUUGCUAUAUAUAACUAUUUCUGUACAUCCAUUAUACAUGAGCGAAUAUGUUACUUUUCUCUAUUCGCAAUGGCCUAUCAACCGUCAUUGGUGACUUUUCAGUUUUCAAACUGAUAAGCUAGCAAACAUCAAAGUAUAUGCUCUAACGAAAGAAUAACUUUGGGGGAAUGGAAUUCAUAGGCGUACGGGAGAGGGAAAUUAGGGGGACAGAAAGAGAUUUGCCCUACUUUAUUCCAUUUUACCCGACUAAUCAAAAGAGCAACACAAAAGAAUUUGAGGCAACAUAGUAAAAUUUAACUAAACAUUACAGAAUUUAGAACAACACGAC